AUAUAUAAGCUAGCAAAACCCAGCUACAACUAAAUGUACGAAGAAAAAAAUAUGGUUGUUUUCCCACUAAAAUAUGAAGUGUUUCUUUUUUAAUCUGCCGUAUAGCUAGUUAUAAGUGUUUUGAACACUACAAGUUUGUUCAGACAAUUAUAAUAAAACAAGAACUUGAUGGCAAAAUCAAUCUAGGGAAUCUAAAACAGUUUGUUUGUUUGUUCGUUGUUAAGCAAAAAGUUACACAAUAGACUACUUGACCUGCGUUUAUAUUUGGGAGAAAUAAUCGAUGAAUGUAACAUUUUUAUCCUCUAUAAUAACAAACACUGACACACAACCACAUUCACAUCAUAUUAUACAAAUACAUAAUUAAAUUUUAUGUUAACUUCAAAUUUAUAUAAUUAUUUUAGCCGUUAGAUUUUACAUCAUACAUAUAUAUAUUUGAAAAAUGUUUUAAGAUAUUAUCAAAUAUUUUUGAAAUAAACACAUAAAGCACAGCUACAAAAUGGGUUCGUUGUCUGUCACGUCGGAAUCCUACUACGUGUCUACCUCUCCUUCCUGCUCAGUGCUAGUUAGGUACUGGUAUGUAGGAAGAAACUGUAUCUGGUUGUCUGCUACCAUCAAAUCAGAAGUAUACCAAUGACAUUGAAAAAGAUGAAUUUACUCGAAAGAUCCAAAUUUUUGAAGACCAAAGUUUAAACCGUUGAUUAAGGAAAUUCUUGAGCGACUGUCUGUUGUUACACAAAACACACAUCAAUGUAAACACUAUUAAAGUCAACGUUAAAAUGGAGUUGAAGUGGGUCGUGCCCACUGCGAGCGACAUGACCCAUUGUACCACGCGUGCGCAGUUCAGUAGUUGUGUUUCAACCACGAAAAUGGAGUCAGCAAAGACGUUGGAUGAUAUGCUGCUCUCAGAGGUCGAUGAAUCGGCCGUGACUGCUCUCGUAGGAUCGCUUGAAUCUCAGUUGUCAUCUUCUAGUGUUCAGAAUCCUAGUCGAGAUACUUUUGCAAGCCCGAUAAUCAACAACGAUAUUAAUAAUACACAUAACAGUGCAAGCGUAAGGGUCCAACAACGACUACAGAAUGGUGAAAAAGCCAGCACCGGUAGGCCUACCACAGAGUCGACAGGCUCCGACAUUGCCUCAAGUCUGACGUUAGCAACUUAUCAGCAGACUCAUAAUCAACAUAGUCUUGAAAAUGAAAGGACAAGGACAGACUCAAGAACUAUUAACAAUCCUGCAGAUGUUAAUGAUACAAAUAUAGCACAUCAUUCUUCGAUUGCAGUCAGAGCAAUUAAUUCUCCUGGACCUGGUGCAUCCUCUAACUCUGUAAUGGUAACCCUAACUGGUGCUUUAGGCUUACCAGCAAGUGGAUAUAUUAGUCAGUUGCAGAUUCCGAGGCCUAACGCAAACGCUAGAUCUAACGUUACAACUCCGCAAGACACAACGUGUCUUUCUGGUGGAAGAAUUAAUGUGAAUGUUAGACCUGCUGGUUCAGGACCUACUGUUGCAAUUAGACCUGUUUCUACAGGUCCAGGGACAAUACGUCCCAUCGCAAUAUCGAACAACAGCAUGAAAACAGUAUAUUCACUUCAUCAGAUUGGAGCAGAGUAUAAUUCAGCUAUAAAUAAUAGUACAAAUGGCGUUACUACCAGUUGUGUCAGACCUGCUAGUGCUAUUCAACCUUUAGCCAAACCUGGAACAGCUGUUCCAAAUGGGAGUGUAGGUAUAUCUGGAACAAAUGUUGGUUUAAGCUUAAAUGGAAAUGUCAUUGUGAGUCAUUCUGGCCAGCCAGUGAUGCCUGUUAUCACUGGAACCACUGUUUUAGGCAAUUCAUCAUCAAAUAGUAAUGUGACAGCUAGUUCUAGUAGUGCUGGGGCAGUUUUUAACUUGGCAAAUCUUCCAGUAAGUUUAGCUUCACAACAGCCUCAUGUUAUUAUUCGUAGUGUGCCACAAGGAACCCCAACAACUCUUUCUCGACAGAAUACUUCUGAAGCUAAACCAAGUUUAACUGGUGUGAGACCUAUUGUAAAUGAACAGCAAGAUCAAAAACAGUUGAAAGAUGGUUCAGUGCAAAAGCAGAUGAGUGGAAGCACACAUCUACAGAACCUGACAAGCAAUGUCAUCCACAUAAACAAUUCUCUUGGUGUGCCUGUACAAACUGUUUCAAAGACUAUAUCAUUACAGUCUCAGCAACCUGUUACUAUUGUUAAUCAGUCAGUUACCAAUCCUACAGUUCUUCCUGGAGUUCAACUAGCCAACGUGACUCCUGCCCGCCCAAGUAUUGGGGCUAUGAGUCAGAAAACUCUGGCUCCUAGAGUAGUUCUCAGUAACCCUGUUCGUCUUGCACCAUCACCACAGAUGAUUACUGCACGACCUGGUGGACAAGGAAUCCAAGUGGCUGGUCAGAACACCAUAACACUUCAACCAGGAGCCUUCAUGAGAGGGACAUUGUUGGUGAAGACAGAAAAUGGUCAAUUCCAAGUAGUUAAUCUUGCACCAGGUCCUGUUCCAAAUUCAGCUGUCACCUCAGCAACGAAAACACCUUCUUAUCGACUCCAGAAUGUACAGCCUGGGACCCAGCUAGUAAGGACCUUGACACCUCAGGAUAUCACAGCAGCAAUUCCUGUUGCUUCUUCAGGUGCCACAUUGAAACAAACCUCAACAGUUCCAGUCACUAAAACAGUGUUGCAAUAUUCUACAGCGACCUCUAAUGUCAGUUGUUUACCCCAGCAUACCACAACUAUGGUGGUCAGUACUUCAAUUCCAACAAUCACUCAGCCACUGACUGUUCAGACGUCCAACAUAAAUACGCAAGCAGCAUCAACCACUUCUCAGAUGUCUCCAAGCACAGCGAAGAAGAAAUGUAAAAACUUCCUAUCUACUUUGAUUCAAUUAGCUAAGGACCAACCAGAACAUGUGGCAACUAAUGUGAAGAAUUUAAUUCAGGGCUUAAUUAAUGGACAAGUACAACCGGAAGACUUCACACAACAGUUGCAAGCAGAGCUUAAUUCAUCACCACAACCUUGUCUGGUUCCAUUUCUUAAGAAAAGCCUUCCUCAUCUUCGUCAUUCCUUGAUGACAGGAGAGUCAAGCAUUGAUGGAAUUCGUCCUCCUCCGGCCACAGCAUUUAUUCUUCCAUCAACAACUGCAACCAUUGCACGAAAUCAAGUCAUGAACAAGACUCUUGUGAACCAGCCUUCAGCACAAAUAAGGGUUGUGACCCAGGGGCCACUUAGUACACAGUUGACUCAACCAGCUGGUAUAAUUCAGAAAAGACUUUCAACAGAUGCUGGGGCCAGAGUUAAGAGCCUUCUUGUGUCCACCAACUUGAACAAACCAUCAGGAAGUCCUGUUGUCUUAUCCACUGCUACUGUUCAGUCAAAAGCAGGUUCUCAGGCGAGAAAUCUGCCAAAAGACAAGAAAGCUGUAGCAGCUGUGAGUCAAGAAGAUGAUGAUUUCAAUGAUGUUGCUGCUAUGGGUGGUGUAAAUUUAGUAGAAGAAAGUCAGAGGAUUCUUGCGUCAAAUUCUGAGAUGGUGGGAACAGAAAUAAGGUCAUGCAAAGAUUCAAAUUUUUUGUUCACUGGACCAUUAGAAAGGCGAAUUAAACAAAUUGCUGCUCACCAUGGUCUGAAUGAGGUAUCACCAGAUGUUGUAGCCCUUGUAUCCCAUGGAACAGAAGAAAGAAUUAAAAACCUGGUUGAAAGGCUUGGUAUCAUAGCAGAACAUCGUUUAGAAAAUGUAAAAAAUGACCCAAGGUAUGAAGUCACUCAAGAUGUUAGGAGUCAAUUAAAAUACCUAGAAGAGUUGGAUAGGCUAGAAAAAAAGAGACACGAAGAACAAGAGAGAGAAAUUUUAAUGAAGGCUGCCAAGAGUCGUUCUAAAGUUGAAGAUCCAGAUAAGAUGAAACUGAAACUGAAAGCCAAGGAGCUGCAACGAGCAGAGUUGGAAGAGAUGAGACAAAGAGAAGCUAACAUGACAGCUCUUUUAGCCAUUGGUCCUCGGAAGAAACAGAAAUUAGAUACAGCUAAGACAGGACUAAAUUCACAACUGGGAACAACUGGAUCAUCAUCAUUUUCAAGUAGUAGUAAACCACAAGUAAGACCUCGCGUAAAGCGAGUCAACCUCAGAGACUUGCUGUUUUUCAUGGAGAAUGAGAAGGAUAUGGCAAGAGGAACACUGUUGUAUAAAAUGUAUUUGAAGUAGAGCAUAACUAAAGUAUUUGGAAUAAAGUACAAACAUAUAAUAUGAAUGUGGAUUCAUGUACAGUGAAACAACUAAUUUAGAUGUAUUUUAAGAAACUUCUGCAUUUGGUUGCAAAGUACUGGUUUAGUUUUAGUGGAAAAAUAAGCGUCAAAAUAAAACUACAGACGUCAGUGGCCAGCUUUAAACAAGUUAUCAGGAUAGAUUGUAAUGACUGUUUACUACUGGUUUGGAAGAAAAUGUAAUUAAAUUGAUAAUUAAUGCAAAUAGCUCCUUAGUAGGAGAUGUAUCUGGAAUGUUGUGUUGAAGUACAGUUGCUUUGGAUAAGGUAGAUAAACAUCUGGAGUUAGCGUCAAAUGAUUGGUUACUGUGUAAUGGCUAAGCUAAAAUGACACUUAUAGUUGGUUUUAAACAUAAUGUGAUGGCUUAUACAAUGUGUGUGUGUGAUCUAGGUAGAGUUAUCAUUUAAAUGUGGCCCUAAACAACUGUUCAGAAUGUGAUGACAGUGUACAACUAGUCUGAAUGUAACCAAAAUGGCAUCUAAAGUUGGCUUUAAUCAACUCAUCAAGAUGUGAUGAGAAUGUACAACUGGUCUGUAUAAGCUAGAGUGACAUCUAAAAUUUCUUUGAAAGAACUGAUCAAGAUGGGAUGAUAUUGUACAAUUGGUCUGGAUAUGCCAACAGAGUGACAUCUAAAAUUGCUUUGAAAAAACUGAUCAAGAUGGGAUGAUAUUGUACAAUUGGUCUAGAUAUGCCAACAGAGUGAUAUCUAAAGUUUGAUUUAAACAACUGGUCUGGAUAAGCUAGAGUGACAUCUAAAAUUGCAUUGAAAGAACUGAUCAAGAUGGGAUGAUAUUGUACAAUUGGUCUAGAUAUACCAGCAGAGUGAAAUCUAAUGUUGGAUUUAAACAACCGAUCAGGGCGUGAUGAGAAUGUACAACUGGUCUGGAUAAGUCAGGAUGAUAUCUAAAGUUGGCUUGAAAUAACAGGUCGUGACCAAAUGUACUGUGUAAUAAAGGUGUAGAUGUAACUGGAAUGACAUCUUUGUGUAGCUAUGACAAAAGUAUUAAGUGAAAACAAAUACCAUGUAUUGUUAACCACUGUUUUAUAAUUAAGAACUAUAAAUUAUUUCAAAAUUGCUGACUUGAAUAUUAUUGGAAAGAAU